AUGUCUCUUCCCACUUUUGAAUUUUCCACUACAGCUGAAGAGGCCACUGCCGCGCUAGCCAGCGAAAUCGCGGGGAAGAACGUCCUCAUAACCGGCACGACGAUGAAGGGAAUUGGCUUUGAAGCCGCGCGCACGAUUGCCAAGUAUGCAAACCUAGUCGUCAUUACAGGUUAUAAUGAAACAAGAUUGCAACUUUCGAAAGAGGCGAUUGAGAAAGAAAAUCCGACAGCCGUGAUACGUCCAUUGAUUUUGGACCUGUCUACUGACGCGUCCGUGCGCAAAUCUGCCGCUGAAGUGAACGCUUAUUUGGAGCCCAUUCACGUUCUUGUUAACAACGCCGCAUAUACCGACAUUGUCGACAAGCAGACGCCGGACAAUCUCGAAGUACAAAUGGCAACGGGUCACAUCAACCCGUUUCUGUUCACCAAGCUCAUUCUUUCCAAACUCCUCGAAUCAACUUCCGGGGAUUGGGUUCCGCGUGUUGUUUUUGUUUCGUCCUCGAUGCAUGUUCUUUUGAAUGGGGCACCAACUGAAAAGGAGGAAUUGGCACGUGGUAAGGGCGGAGGUGACAAUGAUGCGGCGCGCGGGUUCAUGCGCUACGGGGAGGUGAAAAGCGCCAACGCUCUAACCGCCAGAGAGCUGGCAAGAAAGGCCGGGUCAAAACUCCGAGCCUUCAGCUUGGAUCCUGGAGCAAUCCUCACAAAUUUGCACCAAAAGCCAGCCGUACAGCCUGUCUUGCAAACAAUGGGUAUUCUAGACGCCGAGGGUAAUCCGCUUGCAUCUCAAUACACUUGGAAGACUCUCGGUCAAGGCGCAGCCACCACCGUCGUCGCAGCUUUUGACCCGAGAAUCAAUGACUACUCUGGUUCCUAUCUCGCCGACUGUGUUGUUGCAGAUCAACUAGUUGCACCCCACUCGGCCGAUGAUGAGCGGGCGGCAAAAUUGUGGAACAUGACCGAGGGAAUCAUUGGGGAGACAUUUGAAAUAUGA